UCGAACCUGGCACCUUUAGUCAGCAAAUGAAGGCACUAUGAUCAGAUUGGGUUGAGUCAUCCAAUCCGAUUCAAUAUUAGGGGACAAAAGUGACAUGGAGCCAAUUGAGAUUGCUUUGGAAGGUACAGAAGAGAACAGGUUGGAAAUUAAUUAGAACCGAUUAAUUCAGUGAAGGGUCAAAAUGAUGUCACGUUUUGAAGAGGGUGUGUGUGUUGUGGUUGUUGCGCAGUUGUAUUUACUGGGGACGACGGUUUCAGUCAGUCAGUCAGGCAAAAUGCCAAUCGGGAUAGGGGCAUGUUCUUCCCGCUUUCCGUUACGACUGCCACCACCGAGGUUAAUUUGGGAAUUGCAAUCUUCAGGUGCUGACAAAAUUAUCUCUUGCUUUUACUCAAAUAUCACAUAUGUGCAAAUAUGUCAAUUUACGAUUUCAUCAUAUUCUAAUCCCUAGAUGGUUGAAUUGGGAAAAAGAGACUCCUCUAUCAUAUAAAUUGUUGUUUCUCUUAUUUAUUUUAUUUAGUUUUUCACAUUGGCAGGAAUCGAACUCUGUACAUCCUAACUCAUUAGUAUCACCCCUUUGGGCUAACACUCUCACUUCUCUACAUCCUAUGCCUCAUGCUCAAAUUGAUUUGUUAGCUUGAUUUAUGAGACGUGUUUAGCCUUUUAUGUGCUAACCUACUAGCCUCUGUGUGAAGCUUAAUGGAAUUCUGAACUUGUAUUGUUUACCUGGAUUGGAAGAAUCUGAAAGCAAAUAUUGCACCUUGGCAUGAACAUAGUAAUUGCAGGCUUAUUCUUAUAGAUUCCAUCAUCUGUAUUAGUUUUCUAGACAAAUCUUUGACUAUAACCCUCUAUUGAUCCUGCCUGCAUGCCAAAAAAUUUCACUGCUUGGAAAACUAUAGUGACAUUCAGUUAACUAGAGCAUUGGCUUUCUAAGUUUACCUCAUCUUUGUUAAUGUUGCAUUACUGAAAUAAGUGUAUGAACACAGGCUGCUCAUGUCAGCAAUGACAAAUCUAGUCUUUGUUAAGACAUUUGAUGAGCUAUAGUGCUUAUUUCCAAUUGUACUGUCUUUGAAAGAAAAUUUGAAAAUCUGUAAAAACAAUAGUGCUUGUGGCUGGAAUUCAUGCAUGUGCUGCAGAUACAAGCAAUGCAUCUAAGAGAGGAGAAGCCAUCUUCAGCCAUUCAAAUUGUUCAUAUUGUUUGUUCACGAUAAAGUUGUUGCUUACCCCUCCCUGACUCAUUUAUGUAUUCAUUAGUUCCACAUUAGUUUUGCAUAGCAUUCAUGUCAUCUCCUGCAAGUAUCAUAUUUACAUGUAUCAGUAUGAGGCAUGACUACCUUAGUUCAGUAAAGGAAACUUACACAUCUGUGAAGCAUCCCUUGCCCUUUGUGUUUUUAUAUUGGAAGUGCCAACAAGACUCUGACCAAUGUUGUUUCUGUUUUCAGUUAUCAGUUGCUUAAUUUGAACUGGAUUGACUUCUAACGAUAUAUGUAGGUUUCCAUAUAGUUGAGUGAUUAAAAUUUAUAGCAUUUUACCAUUCAUGAUAGUUAAUGCCUUGUCCUGGUUGUGUUAUCAUUAUUUGUUCACUGAAUGUGGUAGAACUGUAUAGUAUCUAACUGCAGGAGGAUGAUUUGUAGGUAGUUUGCAAUGAACUUUAAUAAUAUCAAAAUAUCCUCACCUUUUCCUUUAUGGGAUUUCAGAUUCUGUUGUCCCUGCAGAUUUGAAUAAGUAGCCGUGUUGGUCUAGAUCUCUGUCUUUUGAAGAUUUGAUGUAGUUAUUGUUGAACAAUGAGUAGCACUUGAAAUUCAAAAUCUAGAGCCAACAAAAUGUGCAUUGCACCAAUCAGCAUCACUUGCCAAGAUUAGCAUUUUGCCUGAAACUUACAGCAUGAUUAAAAAAAAUAUUGAAAUAAAGAUAUCCUUAUGAAAUAAAAGAAGUCUUAACAAUAGCACUUUUGAGUAAAAACCAUUUGGAGAUAUCCUUAUAACAUAAAGGAUGAUGUUGCAUUUUCCUUCUUCAUUGUCCUCUGAAAGGAAUUAAGCCUCACUUCAUAUUGCACUUCUGUCUGUCAUGAAUAUCUGAUUUACAGGAGAUCACGAAAUGCUAAUUUCUGUGCUGCCAUUUAUCAUAAAUGUCUUACUCAUAUUGUUAGCUCUGUUGAGUAUCUAGCAUAAGUAACAUUAUAUUCAGAUCUUUUCCACUAUGAAAGAAAUUAAACUCAAAUUCAUUUUCUCAAAGAAAUGAAGAAUAACUAGAAGUUCAAAUAUUAGAGUUGAACCAAGUUAGAAAUCUUAUUCUUUUGUUUGGAUAGCAACCCUCAUUUAAUUUGAUAACUUUCUCAAACCAUUAUGUAGUGUUGUGAUAUUAGGCUUCUUGUAGCUUUUGGAUGUUUUCCAUGUCUGAACUCUGAUUUUCAGGAGAUUGAUGAGAUGCUAAUCCAUAUAGCACCAUUAUUGAUUGUACAUGUCUCCAAUCAUGCUUUAAAUUGUCCAUGGCAUAUUUAGCCUACCUUCUCUUAAGUUUUGGAAACUUUUGUUGACUAAUGCGCUUAAACCAUAUUGGUAUUCAUUCUCUAUUGUUAUAUCAGGUUAAGACUUCAGAUAAGUUUAUGUAUUUUAAGCCAAUGAAGGCCAAUUGGGUGGCCAAACUACAUUCAGUUGCUUGCUUUUAAUGUAAGCUUUGUACAUGUACAUUUUCUUAUGCGAUGCUUUCGUAAUUUUAUUAUGAAAAAAAUUAAAAGAGGACGGAACAUAAAUGAUAAAUUGAUCUACUUACCCAAUUUGUCUUUUUCGACCAUAAGUUCUUUCCACGUUGAACAGGUUGAGCGUUUUCUCCAUGACCGACAUCUAUAUAACCGCCUGGGGCAGGUGUAAUCACCUAGGCAUUUUGAUUUGCAUGUAGCUUUGUCGAAUCUCUUUAUCACUUCUAUAUGAAUCCAUGUUCAAAGGUUGAGCGUUUUGCUUUUAUGCAUGAUUGCCAUCUAUAUAACCGUCUGGGGCAGGUGUUGGUUUGCAUGCGUAUUGUCGAACCUCUGUCACCUCCAUAUGAUUCCACGUUCUGCAGGUUGACGAUUUUUCUCCAUGAUCGACAUCUAUAUAACCGUCUGGGGCAGAUGUAAUCACCUAGGCAUGUUUGGUUUGCAUGAAGCUUUGUCGAAUCUCUUUAUCACCUCUAUAUAAAUCCUAGUUGUCCUAGGGUCUCUUCACAAUUCAGUAUUCAAGUUUUUCUUCGCUGUUAUUGCUAUCAAACCUUGUCUUCAUUUAUAACAGAAGCAGUUGAAAUUUUCACUCUGGUGACGAGUAUAGGAGCAAUUCAUUGUCAUGGAGCUUCCUAGUCAAAGUGAAUACCACAGUGAUUCUGUGGCUAACCCUGAUGGACUCGUAGGCGGUUUCAUUUCUCACAUUGUGGGUGAUAUAAUGACAAGCGAGCAAGACAUGGUAUCAGAUCAUGAACUUGAAGUGGUUCAAGUUAAGAUGAAAAUGAAAACUCAAAAUCCCUCGAGUUCACCAGGUUGUGCUGCUCCUUUUUACUCACAUUCCCAACAUUAUAACAAUCUUUUACUCACAUUCCUAACAUUACAUAAAAUAAAAACAUAUAUAAUAAAUUAAAACGACACCUAACCCUCUAACAAAAAAAUCUUAUUAUAUAAAAAAUAAAAAUAAAAUAUAACAACCUAAGAGGUUGAGUUCUUGGUGUGGUAUUUCUGGGGAAGGUCUUAAUUUGCAAUGUUGGGCUUCAUUUUGUCUUAUGUGACAUUUAUGGCACUUGUCAUAUGAGACACCGUGAAGCCUGGUUGCAAAGAGAGGAAAUCAUCCCUGAAAAUAGCACUCCAAUAACUUUUCCAUCUUAUUAUUUGUUGCAGGUUAAGGCUGGUAGGCGCCUGGGAUGCUGGCUUUAGAGAGAGAAAGAGUGUGAGUGUGAGUGAGAGUGAGUCUUCAGAGAGGCAGAGAAGCAGAGGAAGGAAGAAAUGUGGUAUGACAGAAGGAAAGUCUGCCAAAUUUGAACCAUAAGAGGCGCCAAGUUUGAAGCCUCUCCUCUCUGCUGUCUACCAUUUCUCUGAUUCUGUUCUCUUUUCACAGACUGGUCAGAUGGGUUUUCCAAAACCACCAGCCUCCGGCCACUUGUCACUCACUCCACCCCAUCUGACAGCUCCUACUCUUCCAUCCCAUACUCUCUCUUUCUUUCACCCCAAUUUUCUCACUCGCUGGCCUUCCUCCUCGGCCUUUUCUUUAUGUUUAUCUUUAUUUUUUCUUAUCUCUCUCUUUCCUUGUCCACUCCCCCGCACCCCCUUAUGUGUUUCUCUCUCUCUUGCCACACCUGGCUUCUCUCCAUUGGCAGCAUCCCAAGCAUCCCAAGCUUCCCAGCUUCCCCAUAGCCUGCAGCUUAUACACACACACACACACACACACACUAACACACUAACAUAAAACCAGGAUACCACCACCACCUUCUCUGAUCACCAACACCAACCCAAAGACCAACCCUCACUGUCAACAAACACUCUUUGUGUUCACAAAUCUGGAAAUGGACAACUUCCACCCACCUUCCAUCCCCUCCACAUCAACCAUAACCUCCGCUCCCCAAGAGCAUCAUUCACAGUUGUCCAUUUGCGAACCAAUGAGCUGUUCCCCUUCAACAACUUGUAGUCCUUCAACCACUCAGUACUAUUGUUAUCCGGCACAGUAUCUAGCACCAAAUCCGGGCCUGCAAUUCCAAUACUCAUAUCCUUAUCAGCAGGCCGGUCAGCCCAUGUAUCCGUUCCUGGUCAGUGGCCAGCCAAAUGUGGUAGUGUCCACAGAGCAGGACAGCCUGGCCAGAUCAGGAUGGACUCUGGAUGCAUUAGUCUCCAAGGCGGCGAGAAAGGAGAGAAGGAUGGCCAGACAGAGGAGUCUCAGUUUGAGCAGAAACAAUGCCAAUGCUGCUGCUUCUUCUGAGUCUUCUUCUCCAUCUUCAAGGAGGCAUGCUCCAUUUCUGUGGAAUGAGGAUGAUGAUCGAGGAAGUAUGUCCACGUCAUCGUCUGGUGCUGGUACUGAUAUGCAGAACAUCAACAAACACCUCUACACGUUCUGCACGCCGGAUAACAAGAAACUGAGAGUGAUGUUUAAGAAGGAGUUGAAGAACAGUGAUGUUGGAUCUUUGGGCAGGAUUGUCCUUCCAAAGAAAGAAGCAGAGGAAAACCUUCCAAUGCUCUCUGACAAAGAAGGCAUCCAGCUGAUGAUCAGAGAUGUAUAUUCUGACCAGGAGUGGGGCUUGAAGUAUAAGUAUUGGUCAAAUAACAAAAGUCGAAUGUACCUCUUAGAGAACACAGGCGACUUUGUUAAGCAAAACAAGUUGGAGGUGGGAGAUUGCAUUUGUCUUUUGGAGGAUGAAGACAAGAACCUUUACAUCUCCACAGAAACGAGAGCAGGAUCAAUACAUGCCAAGCCCCCCGCACACAUCAACAUCAACAACAACAACAACAACAACAGCAACACAACCAACCAUAAAGCCAACAACUUAAACCGCAACACCACCGCCGAAGGCAACACUCCGGUCUCCAACCCGAACUACGCCGACGCCAACACCAACACCAAUGCCAAAAGCUAUAGCAACAACCACAACACUACCGCUGACAUACCUGCACCUUCGGCGUAUAUCUAUGUAGCUAGGGAUGAAGAAGAUGCAUCAUCAUCAUCUCUAGCACUACUUGUACACCAACUUCAGAAAGAGAAAGAAGCUAACACCAUAAUUGCAUUGUCCAUGACGGGUGCUUCUUCGCCACACAUACAAUGUGAGGAAGCUAACGACUCCACUGGACAUAUCGAAACCUCUACGCAACCAUCUACAUUGGCGGGGGUCGAGCCUGCCCCAUCACCAUCACCGUCACAGAGUAGAGCAAUGACGAGGAUGGCAAACGAUGAUCAGUUUGAGAUCGAUGACUGCUACAAAGGCCUUGGGACACUCCCGGAAGUUGAUCACUACAAGUAUUGUGAUGACUUUUGUCUUUUUGAUUAUAACAGCAGCAUAACGACUGACGACGACAAGUCGUAGUGGAGGAGCUGAACAACAUUUGAUUGCAUUACAUUGCAUGGUUGAGUAAUUUGUUACUUUUUGACUUUCCUUUCACUGGCACAUGAUUUUACCAAGUGAUUCAUGUGUUGGAGAAGAUACAGGAAAAUCAAAUUAUUUAUGUGAUGUCAAUUAUAUCCUCAGUGGAAUAAAAUUAAAUUUUUUCUUAAA